UUGGAGGAGUAAAUGAAUUUUAUUGUCGUCAGAACUACAUUGCCAUAUGAGUUCUGAAAAGCGUUUGGCUCCUGAGGAUAACUGCUCUAAAAAUAGAUUUGGAGAAGAGGUUUCUCUUGGGUCCAGUUUCAGGUUCCCGCUGAGCUGGCUCUAGGAAACUUGUUUGCUCCUGUUGCAAGACUAGUGAGGAUAAUUUUUUUCUUAUUUUGCCUUCAACAUUAAUUUUUGGAGAUAUCAACAUACUUGCUCUGUCUGUGGAAAUCAAGAGCUGUUGUUAUGGCCGACGACACAGAGACCAAACAUGGAGGAGGUAAAAAUGGAAAGAAAGAAGGCUUUUCUGGAAGCUCAUUUUUCACCUGGUUUAUGGUAAUUGCUUUGCUGGGAGUUUGGACAUCAGUAGCAGUUGUCUGGUUUGAACUUGUAGAUUACGAAGAAGUUCUAGCCAAAGCAAAGGAUUUCCGUUAUAACUUGUCAGAGGUCCUACAAGGCAAGCUUGGGAUAUAUGAUGCUGAUGGAGAUGGAGAUUUUGAUGUUGAAGAUGCUAAAUUAUUGCUAGGCCUUAAAGAAACAUCUGUCCCAGCACAGCCAAUAUCACCAGCAUCUGAGGAGACCAUCCAGCCUGCUGAGAAAUCAUAUGUUGAAUCAGAGCACAAGAAUGCUGAGGUAGAAUUGGAAGAAGAAAUUCAGUCUGUUCUUCGUGAAGCUCUUCACUCCCAGCCUGGAGAGAGACAUGAAGAUGUAGAUGAAAGUGUAAAUAACCAAGUGAAGGAAGAAGUACAUGGAGAAACACUUGAAGCUACCACAACAGAUGACUUGCUCACAGAAUUAGAGAAUGAACUGCCAGAAGCAUAUGAGACACCAGAUUCAGUUCAGAAAGAUGCUGAUCUUUUGGAAGAUGACCUUGGAGCAAUGGAGCCUGAACCAUACGAAGCACCAGUUUCACAUGAAUAUAGUAUGGAUGUGGAAAAUACCUUAAGUGAUCCAGAAGCUCCAGGUCACUCUGAGUUAAUGCUAGAAGAUGCUGUGGAACAUUACGCAGAAGAUACAGUGCACAGCAAUUAUAAUGAAGACCAUGAACCAAAACAUGAAGAGCAGACUGAGGCUGAAGAUACAGCUGUUGAGGACCUUCUGGAGGAGGUGAAUGAAGCCACAGAGCCAGAUGAAAUAUCAGAAGAUUUUGAUAUUGGUAAAGACCUGUCAGUAGAAAGUGAGCAUACAGAAGAUCUUGUGGCCGCUGAACCAGAGGCAUCAGAAGUUCCUGUUCAAGCUGAGGAUUAUUCAAAUGACAAUCUAGUGGGGAAAAGUGAAAAAGAAACUGAACAAGACAAAACAGAAAAAGCUAAAAAGAAGAAGAAGCCAAAGCUCUUAAACAAGUUUGAUAAGACCAUUAAGGCUGAACUAGAUGCUGCAGAAAAACUACGUAAAAAAGGAAAAGUUGAAGAAGCUCUAAGGGCCUUUGAGGCUUUAGUGAAUCAGUACCCACAGAGUCCUCGAGCAAGAUACGGGAAAGCACAGUCUGAAGAUGACUUAGCUGAGAAAAUGAGAAGUAAUGAGAUGCUGCAAAAAGCUAUCAACACCUACGAUGAAGUGGUUAGUCUGCCAAAUGUCCCUUCAGAUCUGAUAAAACUCAGCUUGAAAAGAGAAGCAGACAGGCAGCAGUUUCUUGGUCGCAUGAGGGGUUCCCUGGUUACUCUGCAGAAAUUAGUUCAGCUGUUUCCCAGUGACACUUCGUUCAAGAAUGAUCUUGGUGUUGGUUACCUCUUGAUAGGAGAUAACAGCAAUGCCAAGAAAGUAUAUGAAGAGGUUCUAAGCCUGGCUCCAAAUGAUGGCUUUGCCAAAGUACAUUAUGGCUUCAUCCUGAAGGCAGAAAACAAGAUAGCAGAGAGCAUACCCUAUCUAAAGGAAGGACUAGAGUCUGGUGAUCCUGGCACAGAUGAUGGACGCUUUUAUUUUCAUCUGGGUGAUGCCUUGCAGAGAAUGGGAGACAAAGACGCAUACAAGUGGUAUGAACUUGGAUACCAAAGAGGUCACUUCGCAUCAGUGUGGCAGCGCUCCCUCUACAAUGUCAAGGGACUGAAAGCUCAGCCUUGGUGGACAGCAAGAGAAACUGGUUAUAUGGAACUCGUGAAGUCCUUAGAGAAAAAUUGGAAGCUCAUUCGGGAUGAGGGGCUUGCUGUGAUGGAUAAGAAAAGAAGCCUUUUCCUGCCUGAAGAUGAGAAUCUACGAGAAAAAGGAGACUGGAGCCAGUUUACCUUAUGGCAACAAGGAAGAAAAAAUGAGAAUGCUUGUAAAAGUGUUCAAAAAACAUGUGCUUUAUUGGAAAGAUUCCCAGAAGCUACUGGCUGCAGAAGAGGGCAGAUCAAAUAUUCUAUCAUGCACCCAGGGACUCAUGUCUGGCCCCACACAGGGCCCACCAAUUGUCGGCUAAGGAUGCAUUUGGGCUUGGUGAUACCUAAGGAAGGCUGCAGGAUUCGGUGUGCCCAAGAGAACAGAUCCUGGGAAGAAGGGAAAGUUCUUAUUUUUGAUGACUCUUUUGAACAUGAAGUAUGGCAGGAUGCUGAAGAUUAUCGCUUGAUAUUCAUUGUGGAUGUGUGGCACCCUGAGUUAACAGCACAACAGAGACGCACCCUUCCUGCUAUUUAAGGGGCUCCUUCUGAUGUGCGGAGCAGAGGAGCUUUAACCCCCUCGGAGAGGUUGUCCUAUGCAAAUAGGAUUAAUUUAUCCAGCAUACAAAGAAUACAAGUAUUGUAAGGGUUAGCAGAGAUAAGGACUACAUCCUGCAGUCAUGAAGGACUUGAUUUUUUUUAAAAAAAGGAAAAAAAAAAAGCCAUGUUUUGUUUCAUACUGGUACAGCACUGAUGGAAGUUUGAAAAUAGGAAUCUUGUCAGCCAAAGAACAAUAGGUCUGGAUUUUCAAAUUAAGGAAUGUGCAGAUGUUUUUUGCCAUGCCUGUAUUAUGCAUGCUAAACUAGUCAGUUAUUUGCCCAACCAUGUUCAGGCACAAUAUUUGCAGUUCUCUAUCUGGGAAAUAUUUCCCAGGCUUUUCUCUGGGAAGCAACAUGUAAAAUGUUUCCAAACAUAUGCACACAACCAACUUUGAAAAUCAGUAUGCAAUUUUAACGUUAGCUGCUUUAGGCCUAGAGCAUGACCCUAUGUUAUCAACUGUAGAUGUGAAUGGGUUAUAUGUGUUUGUAUUUUUUUCUAAAUAAUGACUGUAUUUUUCUAGCAUAAUUAUGAGCAAAUCUUUACUCAACCACUAUUUUUUAAAAUGAACAACAUAUAUGUAAGUGCAUCUCUAGCUAUUAGCAGAAGGAAAACACUACAUAUGAUCAGAUUUAAUGUUUGUCCUGUGUAGCCUUCUCUUGCCUUCCUGAAAAUGCAAACUGAAACUUGCAUAACCAGCUGCUUAGUGAGGAUUUGUUUUUCUAAAACAAAAUCGUUCUCUUAUUUAUCAGCAACCUUCAGUUUGAUAAUGUGACUUUGGAAGAUAACAAGCAAAUGUGACAUCCGUAGGUUCAGACCUUAAACUUCUUAGGCUUAUGUGGUGAACUGCUGUUUCUCCUCUCAUUAGAAAAGUUUGUGUUAUGAUAUCUGUUUUCUACCCAGCAAGGGUCUGGGAUGCCUCCUUCCAGGGGAUCCUUCUAGGCUGUCCUUAGGUGUUCAUUCAGCAGAAAAAAAAUAUAGCUGAAGAACUUCCUGUGCUUUGGGCAGAAGGACAAGGUCUGGCUUGCUUUUCUGCCAGAAUGCAGAGCAGACAAAGAGCUUCAGGUUAUUAACUUUUAUUAACUUCUGCUGCCAGCAUCGUACAGUGUGCUAGAAAGAUCCUUUAAAUGACCUAAUGGUGUUCUCCUUGUCUUGAAGUGUAUGACAUACUGCUGAAGUAGUCUUAUCCCAGUACUGUUCACUGUAUGUUCUAUACUUGCCAUACAGAAUUUAUGCUAUGGUAAAAAAGCCUGUUUUCAAGAAAGAAAACUGUUUGGAUAUUUAAGCAGUUAGCUGGUUUUGGGGGGAUCUGUACUAUUUAAAUGGGAGAUGGAGGGUGCAGCACCCUGCACUAUUGAUUUCUAAGAACACUAACAGGAAAGAGAGACCUGAGGUUGCACAGUUGAUGCUUAUGACUGGCUGUUACCUACUCUCCCACAAAACUAGCUGGGUGUGGAUAGGUGUGCUAGGAUGCUCAGAGCUUGUCAUGAGCAGUGGCAACAUUACUGAGGGUUUUGAGAGACAAACACUAAGGAAGGAGACACUGAGGUUACGUAGUCUCCACAGCUUCAGCUUUGCUGCCCAAAAGACACUGAACAGUCAUCGUAUUUGUAAAUGCUCAGUGGUUUUGUACUACCGAGACUACAUCACGGUACCUAAGUAUCAUGGACCAGAAUGCUACCUUUGAGGGAGCAAAAUACAGAUAAGAGCUUUGCGUUGCCAUAAAGCGAAUGCUUUUCAGAUUUUGUAUUUUGCUAGGUAAUUAAAUCUUGUAAUGUGAUGUAACACAUGAUGAUUGCACCAUAAAUUAGUGUAACCGGUUUCUGGAGGUGUGCACUUUAAUUUCCUUUUUGAAUAUUAAACUGAAAAAUCCUCUCUGGUCUAAGUCAGUUUUAGACAGCUGUGAUAAUUAAACUUUAACAAGUUGUCUGUGUCAAAAAUAACUCUGAGACUAUGCACAAUAUACAAGAAAGUAACAGUUAUCAUUUAAUCAUAAUGAAAACAUAAAAUAUUUGGAGAUAUUUUGCAGAGCUUUAGGAGAGUCAAGUGCUAAACUGGGAACAAGGUGCUUGUUAUUGUGGGGGGUAAAGUAGUAAAAAGAUCAUAAGUAAUUAAAUCUCCUCGUGGUUGUAUAGUCACAGGGUGUAUCUUUGUAAGGUGAUCAAGCAAUACAAAUUAUAAAGUAUUUUGUAAUUCUCUAUAAUAAAGACAUAGUUUGUAAAGAGGGAAUCAAGAACUGUUUAAAUCAAAAUUUGUGGUUUAGGAACAUUUUUCUUAAUGUUGCAUUUUAGUUUCUAUAGCUCAGAGGAAAUACUAAAUGAGUGGUAAAAGCUUUGGGACUUUCUUUAUGAAAACUCAUGCCAUCCUUCACAUUGUUUCGUUGUUCCUUUGAAGGGUUAUACUUUAUCUUUUCCUAUUGCAAAUGGCGAAAAGAUAAAAUUGGCAAAUAUAAAAGUAAUCUACCCGAGAUGUGUGUGUGCUGAAGUAGCACUGUUUAUUAAAUUGUGUAGUGAUAUAUUGGCCACUUAAAAUCAUAAGUGCCUUGAAUAUAACAGAAUAUAUUAUGAAUAGCUCCUGCAACACUGACGUGAAUCUACUCAAUGCUUCCCUGUUAAGGAGCUGAGAGCAUAUCUGUUUGUUUGUUAGCUACAGUUACAGGAUUAGCGAUAUAUAUGGAGGACAAUACAGCAAACUACAGAAAUCAUGCCCUGAAUAAGUCAUAUAUUAUUUAAGUAUUCCUGUUUGCCAAAUAAUAUUUCAUCUUGAAAAAGCUUUUGAACAUUGGAAAUACCAAUGGAAGAAGUGAAUAGAAAUGUUUUUUAAAAUGGAGAACCAUUGCAAUUUAAAUAUUUUUUUCCUUUAGAUUUAUUUGCAGAGGGAAAUGCCAGAAAAGGGCAAUAUAGUCUCUUCUUUAAAAGCAGUACAUACUCAUUACAAUGAUGGGAGCUAGAUUCCUCCCUGCCUGUAGUUACCUUGCUUGCAAGCACAGUCUGUACAAGAUCCUACAGUUAAAUACAGGCAUCAUACAGUUACAUACAAGGCAUCAUAUGUAUGUAUUCAUGUCACAGCUAAAGAAAAUAAAUAAUCCUCUGCAAGGUUUAAUCCUCAAGGACAAGAUUUCAGUGGUAUUUGCACUUCCUGGGCAGAACAAAUCCCACAUGAACGAACAAUGAUUGUAACAGGUCAUUACAAAGAUUCAGUGGUGAGUGUAUUAACAGAGAAAAACUUGUAACCCAAAGUGUUUCCAUUAAUGCUGCAGUAUAGCAGUCAGUGCCUACCUUUUAUUGUCUGUUUGUUUUUUUACUUCCUGCUUUAGGCAAGUUCUCUAUGACAAAUCCAAAUGCUUGUGAGAAUUCAUGAGCCAAGGGAGGCAGAACUGUGUCCUUUUAUCAGGAGUUGACAUCUAGUUUUCUGUAAUGGGUGGUAAUGUCAGGGGAGGGUAAAUGGAAGAAAUCCCAAAGAUAAAUGGGCUCAGUUGUCUUAUUUGUUUAAUGUUCCCGCAAGCCUCUGCUGCUUUUUUCUGACUCCUGUGUUGCCUUACUGGGACCAUUCACUGCCUUAUAGGUUCGCUGUCUACUGUGGAGGCCAGGCUUUGUAUCAAUGACAUGCUGCUGCAGAAGAAGGGUUAGCCUGGAUGAGGCUAUCCAGUACAAAUACUAGAGGGUAAACCCCAGAUGUGUUGAUAGGAUCUGGCAGGAUGCCCUUUCUGCCCUGUACAGACAUGAAAUGUUGUAGAUAAAGGCAGUAUUUUGUUAGUCCAUCUCUUAGGGUUGACCGUGUCCAGUUGAACUAUAUGAUCACUUCAGUAUAUCACUUAGGAAUUCAGUGGAUGUUCCAGAGGCACAUUAAAAACUCUUGUGCCCAUUAUCAUCUCAUUGAUAUAUAUGGUUUACACUGCUACCUUCGAUAUGUUGUUGUCAACUGCUUGUUCUAGUAAAUUGUCAAAGUAUGGCAAUUUAAUUGAAGGCUAAAGGUGUGUACAGUGGUCGUAACUGUUUUAGGAAAUAAAGUCACUGCACAUACAAUUUGAUAA